AUGCGCUCUACUCCCAUUCUUCGUACAGCCUUGGCUGCUGCCCUGCCCCUCGUGGCAUACGCUGCCGAUGGCAAAUCCACCAGGUACUGGGACUGCUGCAAACCAUCAUGCUCUUGGCCCGGAAAAGCCCUUGUGAACCAGCCAGUCUACGCUUGCAGUGCCAACUUCCAGCGCAUCACGGAUUCCAACGCCAAAUCUGGUUGCGAUGGUGGCUCGGCCUUCUCCUGCGCCGACCAGACGCCCUGGGCCUUGAACGAUGACUUCGCCUAUGGAUUUGCGGCCACGUCGCUUGCUGGCGGGUCAGAGGCUUCGUGGUGCUGCUCCUGCUAUGAGCUUACCUUCACUUCGGGUCCCGUGGCCGGCAAGAAGAUGGUCGUUCAGUCCACCAGCACGGGUGGCGACCUGGGCAGCAACCACUUUGACCUCAACAUCCCCGGCGGCGGUGUCGGUAUCUUCGACGGCUGCUCGCCCCAGUUUGGUGGCCUCGGCGGCCAGCGGUACGGUGGCGUGUCAUCCCGCAGCGAGUGCGAUGCGUUCCCGGAGGCCCUCAAGCCCGGUUGCUACUGGCGAUUUGACUGGUUUAAGAACGCCGAUAACCCGAACUUCACUUUCCGUCAAGUGCAGUCCUUGCCCAAGCCUAGCUCCAGCUCGAGCCCCGUCGCCGUCCCCAAGCCCACCUCGACCCCGGGUUCAGUUCCGAAGCCCACCUCGACUCCGGGUUCGGCUCCCGAGCCCGCCACGCCAACCAGCGCCGUCCCCUCCGUUAAAACCUCGGCGUCCGCUUCCCCCAGCAAGUCUUCCUCUCCUGUUUCGUGCGUCACCGAGAAGUAUGGGCAGUGCGGCGGUAAUGGCUUUACUGGGUGCAAGACCUGCACCUGUGGCACAACCUGCAAAAAGCAGAACGACUGGUACUCGCAAUGCCUUUAA